GAAUAACCACUGGUGUAUUUGUACACAAGGUGUUCUAUGUCCCUUUAUGAGCUUCCGGUUUACCCUCUUUUGCAUAAAAAGGCAUGUGACUGUCACAACUCACGAGAUAAACAGUAGCGGCUUCCGCAGUAAACUUCGUGUGUUAACCUCCGCUGGACGAGCAACAGUCUGGGUGAAAUUCUUCAACAAUGGGUCUCUGUGUUUUCCUCAUUUUAGCGGCUUUGUUGUCCGUCGCAUCGACACAGUUUAUCCCACCGUUCACAGAAGAAUGUCGGACAGAAAUGUAUCCACCAAACGGUCCCACGUUCAGAGGAGCUGUCGGUUGGUACACAGUGGACCUCGACUUACCGCCUCGCAGGAGAUGGACGGAUAUAAUCACUGACAAAAAAAACGAUCUGGUCAACAUGAUCCAGGCCAUCCGAGACUUGGCUGAUGCGUUUGUGCCCAGUGGAAGGCUGAUUGAGCUGGUUGACAUUACGCUGCCUCUGAUGGUGGACACUCUCCCGAGCCCUUUUGGUGAUGAAAUCAGAGGAAUUGCUGCUGUUUCAGAGAUUCCUCUUGGUGAAGUUGUCUUGUUCAACAUCUUUUAUGAGGUGUUCACUGUUUGCACGUCAGUUAUUGCAGAAGACAAUAACGGUAACCUCAUUCAUGGUAGAAAUCUGGAUUUUGGAUUAUUUAUGGGCUGGGAUGUGAAAAACAAGUCAUGGAUCAUUAGUGAGAAGCUGAAGCCUCUGGUCGUGAACCUCGACUUCAAGAGAAAUAAUCAGACCGUCUUCAAGUCUACAAACUUUGCUGGUUAUGUUGGCAUGCUGACUGGCAUCAAGCCUCACAUGUUCACUCUGACUAUGAACGAGCGCUUCAGUCUCGAUGGAGGAUACAUUGGAAUCCUGGAGUGGAUCUUGGGAAAGAGAGAUGGGAUGUGGAUGAGUUUCCUCACUCGCUCAGUCCUAGAAAACGCAAACAGCUAUGAGGAAGCCAAAAGUCGCCUGGUUCAGACCAAGCUGCUGGCUCCAGCUUACUUCAUCCUCGGGGGAAACCAGACAGGCCAGGGCUGCAUCAUCACACGAUCCAGACUGCUCAGCAUCGACCUCUUGGAGAUUGACCUGAAUCUGGGCCGCUGGUAUGUCCUGGAGACAAACUACGAUCAUUGGAAGGAGCCGUUGUUCCUGGAUGAUCGCAGAACUCCCGCCAUGAGGUGCAUGAACCAGACCACACAGACCAAUAUUACACUGAAGAGCAUGUAUGAUGUCCUCUCCACCAAACCAGUGCUAAACAAGUUGACUACAUACACAACACUGAUGCAAGUGUCUGAGGGAAAACUGGAGUCGUAUAUCCGCGACUGUCCGAAUCCCUGCAUGCCCUGGUAACGCUGCAUCCACUGAACCCAGAUCAGUUUGUUAAUGCCUAUCUGCAUGGGGAAGCUGUGAUGAAGACAAGCUCCGCUGAUCUUGGGACAUAAGUAGAAAGUUUUCCUUUUAACUGUUUGCACAGCUAUCAAAUCACAUGAACCAAAGUUUUUCUUGAUAUUUGUGUUUUGGUUUUCAGCUUUGAAAAUACUG